CAUUUCUAUACGGAGUAACAAGUGUGAAAUUUAAGAAAGCUAAUAUACAGAACUUGUAGUGCAGUGCAGCAGUAGAAAAAAGUGAAUACAACUUAACCAAGGUCCGAAUCUGUGAUAAACAAAUAUUUGCUUUAAUAAAUAAUUGAAGCUAGCCUUUUAUUGCGUGCCUGAGACAAUAGUCAAUAUCAUACAGAAUUCAUAUGAUGGAUUAAACUGCAAAAUCGUGCAUGGAGGACAACUGACAAAGUCGUUCGAAGUAAAGACCGGUGUCAGGAAGGUUGUUUACUCUCACCCUUUCACUUUCUCCUGCUGAUCGACUGGAUCAUGAAGACGUCAACGUCUGAAGGGAAACACGGGAUACAAUGGACAUCUAAGAUGCAGUUGGAUGAUCUAGACUUCGCAGAUGAUCUGGCCCUUUUAUCCCAAACGCAACAACAAAUGCAGGAGAAGACGAUCAGUGUAGCAGCAGCCUCAGCAGCAGUAGGUCUCAAUAUACACGAAGGGAAAAGCAAGAUUCUCCGAUACAACACAGAAUGCACCAAACCAAUCACAAUUGACGGAGAAGAUUUGGAAGAUGUAAAAACCUUUACGUAUUUGGGCAGCAUCAUUGAUGAACAGGGUGGAUCUGAUGCAGAUGUGAAGGCGCGGAUCGGCAAAGCAAGAGCAGCAUAUUUACAACUGAGGAACAUCUCGAACUCAAAGCAACUGUCAACCAACACCAAGAUCAGGAUUUUCAAUACAAAUGUCAACACAGUUCUACUGUAUGGGGCGGAAACCUGGAGAACUACGAAAGCCAUCAUCCAGAUGUUACAAGUGUUUAUUAACAGUUGUCUACACAAAAUACUUCGGAUCCGUUGACCAGACACUAUUAGCUACAACCUACUGUGGGAGAGAACAAACCAGAUCCCAGUGGAGGGAGAAAUCAGGAAGAAGAGCUGGAAGUGGA